AUGGAGACUGAUAAUUCGGAAAGCAAGCUGAUUAGAAAUAUCAACAGCAAAGUGUUUAUUCAUAAUAAUGGAGUUGAGUGUUCACCAACACAAGUGAGAAGAAUGUUGAUUCCCUAUGGUUUAUUAUCGUUGGAUAAAUUUAUUUCAGAUUUUAAUACAAGUUUCAAAGAAAGUGUUUCAUUGGAUACUUAUGUAUUUAGAUAUCAGGAUGAUGAAAAAGAUUGGAUUGAUUUUAGUAGUGAGUUAGAAUGGGUUACAGCUUUACAUAUGUGUCACACGAAUCAGAUGGCUCUUCUCAAAAUUCAAUUGAUUAAAAAAACAAUAGAAUCAAAGAGAAGAGAUGCCACCUCAAAUAAUAGAUAUUCACCAUAUACAACUGUUAGAAGAGAUAUUACACCUAGUAAUGCUCAUCAAGUUAUUCCUGAAAUACUUGGAUUAAUGAAUCGAUUUUUACCAAAUUUGCAACAACAACAGGAUUCUCUAGUAAUACCAGAUAGUGAAAAUGGACCACAUUAUGGAACUGUUUGUGAUGGUUGUCAGAUUAGAGAUUUUGUUGGAAAAAGAUACAAGUGUGCUGAUUGUGAAAAUUUUGACCUUUGUGAGGAAUGUUAUAAUAAUUCUGAUAUUAGAGAUCAACAUUAUGGAGGCCAUCACACAUUCAAUCCUCAUAUACUACCAAAAGUUCCAGAUGCAAAUGAUGAAAAUGUAAAUUUACAAUUGCUCAGUCAAUCAUUUGAAAAGAGCCUCUCAACACUCAACUCUAACACUCCUACUACCUCUGCUAGUGAUGUAAAUACCCUUGCUACUACAUACGAGAAGGAACUAGCAAUUCUGAUUGAUAUGGGGUUCGUGGACAAGAAUGAAAAUUUAAAGUAUUUAAGGAAAUAUAAUGGCGAUCUACAAAAAGUCAUAGUUGAUCUUCUUAACCAAAAGAAAGCUCAAGAACAGGAAAAUUCUUAUUUCAUAUAA